GGAGAGGCGAAGAGGUUGGGGGCGCGCGGGGGAGCAUGCCAGGGAGAGCCCACUAAAUGGCGCCUGUUCCCCAUCGGAUGCUGCUCUGGGCGCUGAUCCUCCCCAUCCCAGGAGUAUGGUGCUUUAGUGAGCUGUUUUUUGUAAAAGAGCCACAGGAUAUAACCGUCACAAGGAAGGACCCAGUGGUUUUAGAUUGCGAGGCACAUGGCGAAGUUCCCAUUACGAUCACAUGGCUGAAAAAUGGAGCAAAAGUUUCUGAAAAUGAACGGAUCUACAUAUUAUCCAAUGGCUCUUUAUAUAUCAGUGAGGUGGAAGGAAAAAGAGGAGAACCAUCUGAUGAAGGAUUUUACCAGUGUUUAGCACUGAACAAAUAUGGGGCCAUUCUCAGUCAAAAAGGUCACCUUAUACUAGCAACCAUUUCUGCAUUUGAAGUCCAACCACUUUCAAUUGAGGUCCAAGAAGGUGGAGUGGCUCGGUUUGCUUGUAAAAUAACAGCAAACCCUCCUGCCGUAAUCACAUGGGAAGUGAAUCGAACAACCUUACCUCUAGCCUUGGACAGGAUAACUGCUCUACCAACGGGAGUUUUGCAGAUCUAUAAUGUUGAAAAGAGGGAUGCUGGGAAUUAUCGAUGUGUUGCUACAACUGUAGCCAAUAGACGGAAAAGUGUUGAGGCAGCACUAAGUGUUAUUCCAGCCUUAGACUUGAAGCCGUUCCAGAAGCCAGCCAUUAUAGCUGGUCCUCAGAACAUUACAGCAUCUCUUCACCAGACUGUCAUCUUGGAGUGUGUUGCUACAGGCAAUCCAAAACCGAUCAUCUCAUGGAGCCGUUUAGACCACAAGUCCAUUGAUGUCUUCAAUACCCGUGUCCUCGGAAAUGGGAACCUCAUGAUCUCUGAUGUGAAAGUGCAGCAUGCUGGAGUUUAUGUCUGUCGAGCAACUAUUCCAGGCACACGGAACUUCACAGUUGCAAUGGCAACUCUCACUGUGUUAGCACCACCUUCAUUUGUGGAAUGGCCGGAAAGUUUAACAAGGCCCAGAGCUGGUACUGCCCGUUUUGCAUGUCAGGCAGAAGGAAUUCCAGCACCCAAAAUGUCAUGGUUGAAAAAUGGAAGAAGGAUACACUCCAAUGGUAGAAUUAAAAUGUACAACAGUAAAUUGGUGAUUAACCAGAUCAUUCCUGAAGAUGAUGCCAUUUAUCAGUGCAUGGCUGAAAAUAGCCAGGGGUCUAUCCUGUCCCGUGCCAGAUUGACUGUAGUUAUGUCAGAAGACAGACCCAGUGCUCCUUGUAACGUCCAUGCUGAAACAAUGUCAAGUUCAGCAAUUCUGCUAGCUUGGGAGAGGCCGCUCUAUAAUUCAGACAAAGUGAUUGCAUAUUCAGUGCACUACAUGAAAGCAGAAGGUUUAAAUAAUGAAGAGUAUCAAGUGGUUAUUGGAAAUGACACAACUCAUUACAUUAUUGAUGACUUGGAACCAGCCAGCAAUUACACCUUUUAUAUUGUGGCCUACAUGCCCAUGGGAGCCAGUCAGAUGUCAGAUCACGUAACUCAGCACACUCUUGAAGAUGUUCCUUUGAGAGCUCCUGAAAUCAGUUUGACAAGUCGAAGUCCCACAGAUAUUCUCAUCUCCUGGCUGCCGAUCCCAGCCAAAUACAGGCGAGGCCAAGUGGUCUCGUACCGUGUGUCUUUUCGCCUCAAUGCAGAAAGCACUAUCCAGGUUCUGGAGCUUCCAGGGACCACAAAUGAGUAUCUCCUGGGAGGCCUGAAGCCCGAUAGUGUCUACUUGGUUCGUAUUACUGCAGCGACGAGGAUAGGCUGGGGAGAAGCCUCUCUGUGGACUUCCCAUCGGACCCCCAAAGCCACAAGUGUGAAAGCACCAAAGUCUCCUGAGCUGAGUUUGGAACCACUGAACUGUACAAUCAUUACAGUGAGGUGGCAUCAGGACUCUGAGGAUACAGCAACUAUUGAAGGGUACAAAUUGUACUACAAGGAAGAAGGCCAGCAGGAGAAUGGACCAGUUCUACUGGAUGCCAGUGACCUUGUGUAUACUCUCAGUGGUUUGGAUCCCAGAAGAAAGUACCAUGUAAGGCUAUUGGCAUAUAAUAGCAUGGAAGAAGGUUACCAGGCAGACCAAACAGUCAGUACUCCAGGAUGUGUCUCUGUCCGUGAUCGUAUGGUUCCUCCUCCACCACCACCCCACCACCUAUAUGCCAAAGCUAACACUUCAUCAUCUAUCUACCUCCACUGGGGAAGGCCUGCAUUUACCUCUGCACAAGUCAUUAACUACACCAUUCGCUGUAAUCCUGUGGGGCUGCAGAAUGCCUCUUUGGUGCUCUACCUUCAAACGUCGGAAACUCACAUGUUGGUUCAAGGUCUAGAACCAAAAACCAAGUAUGAGUUUGCAGUUCGACUGCAUGUGGAUCAGUUGUCUAGUCCCUGGAGUCCAGUAGUUUACCAUACCACACUUCCAGAAGCGCCAGCUGGCCCUCCACUAGGAGUGAAGGUGACUUUGAUAGAAGAUGAUACUGCUUUGGUUUCCUGGAAGCCACCUGAUGGUCCUGAAACAGUUGUUACUCGCUAUACUAUCCUCUAUGCAUCUAGGAAAGCUUGGAUUGCUGGAGAGUGGCAAGUGCUACACAGAGAAGGAGCAAUAACCAUGGCUUUGCUGGAGAACCUGGUGGCUGGAAAUGUCUACAUUGUUAAAAUAGCAGCAUCCAACGAGGUGGGAGAAGGACCUUUUUCAAAUGCAGUGGAGCUUGCAGUCCUGCCAAAGGAGACUUCGGAGUCCAACCAAAGGCCUAAACGAUUAGAUUCAGCAGAUGCCACAACUUAUUCUGGCUAUUACCACCUGGACCAGAAAUCAAUGACUGGCAUUGUUGUAGGAGUUUGUAUAGCCCUGACCUGCAUCCUUAUCUGCAUCCUGAUUUUGAUCUACCGCAGUAAAGCCAGGAAAACGUCUGCUCCUAAAACUAUGCAGCAAGGCACUGACCAGCUAUCACAUACCAGCAUCUCAUUAGCCAGUGCGAACGAGGUGGGGAAGAGUACUGAAGGAAUUGCAGAGAAUGAAGAAUCUUUAUUGCCGAUGAUAGUAGGAAACAGCUUCGUCGAUGCUAAGGGAGGAACUGAUCUGAUUAUUAACAGUUAUGGUCCUAUCUCAAAGACCAGCUGCAAGAAAAGGUGGCUCUUCUUCCAAGAUUCUAAGAAGGUGAAAACAGAGGAGCCUCAGAGAAGAUUUGUCCAAGCUGUGUGCUUAUAUCAGCCAGGCACCACUGUACUGAUCAGUGAAGAUGACUCCCCCAAUUCCCCAGGCCAGCAAUCCAAGUUCCAGGUGCCAUUCAGUAUUGUAGCUGAUACAGAGCAUUCAGCAAACAGUGAAGGAAGCCAUGAGACCGGAGACUCUGGAAGAUUCUCUCAUGAGUCCAAUGACGAGAUACACCUUUCUUCUGUUAGAAGUGUCACCCCACGCACCUCCAGUUCCUUUGCAGGCAGUGACUCAGGUGUGAACGUGAACCCUGUCUUGAGUAACUGUGAGGAGCCUCCGGCACCACUGGCUACUGAUCAGACUUCUACCUCAUCUCUUCAGAUACAGUGCACGGUACAAAACUGA